AUGACGUCAUCACGGGUGCACAUGAUCAAUAUCGAUAAGUUGUCAUGUGACUUGCUGGAUCGAUUCGGUGGUGAAAGUGGCGGUUACCAUGGUUACCAUGGUGCCUGAUUCGCCGGACGGAGGCCAGCCGGGAAGGAGGAGAGAAGACGGCGAGGAGGAGGAGAAACGAGGAGGCGGAGGAGGAGGGAGGAAUUCGCUACUGUUCGAGGGGAGGAGAGGCCGAGGUGGACGUGGCGGGUCCGCCGGAGUUGGCCACAAGUCGCGGCCAGUGGAGCCGAAGCAGCCAUGACGCGCAACGCCCGCAGGCCGCUCCCGGUACGGCGCGGGCGCUGACGUCGGGUCGGCAGACGAAAGCCGCCGGCCUCGGUUCCUCCCGUCGGCGGCCGUCUCUGAUCGGCGUCCGGAACGGAGGUCCCGGGGGCGGGGCGAACGGACGGAGCUCCGCCCCUCACCAUGACGGACUCGGAGGCCGAGUGUUUGAGUCUGAGCCUGGCCUCGGAGGGCGGCUCGCCUCCGGCCCCCCUGGACCCGGGCGGCCCCCCCUCGCUGGCCCUCCUCUCGGCGGACGGUCCCGCGCCCACGCUCUGCUCCCUGGCGGCGGAGGUGGCCGAGCCGCUCGUCAUGUUGCCGUGCGUCAAGAGCGAGCCCGAGGACCUGGAGGACCUGGAGCGCCUGGAGCCCAUCCGCACCGUGGACCUGUCCGAGAUCCAGCCGCUGUCCACCGCCGAGCUGGGCCGGGAGCAGAUCAAGAUGGAGAUCAGCGGCCUGGACUACAUCAAGGCGGAGCACCACCUGGACCACCACCUGGACCCCUUCCGGCACGCCGACGACAUGGACUACAAGUCGCACUACGAGACCAGCUGUGUGUUUGACUACAUCUCCCAGGUGAGCGACACGCUGGACUACAUCAAGUCGGACCACCACGUGGACCUGCAGUGUUACUACGCCGCGGAGCUGGGCGAGUCGGACCCGGCGGCGGCGGCGGCGCAUCCGGCGCCUCCGCACAACGCUCUGGAGUCCAUCCACAUGGCCGAGCUGCGCAGCGAGCUCAACAAGCUGCGACCCGACUCGCUGCUGCUGCUGGACGGGAUGGCCAAGCCCGAAGCCGACUUCCCGUACCAGGCGGCGCCGGCCCCGGAGGGCAAGGCGGCCGCGGCGGCGGCGGGCUCGGUCAAGAGCCCGACGGUGAGGAAGCCGCGCAACAUGCAGGGCGAGAAGCCCUUCUCGUGCACGCAGUGCGGCAAAAACUUCAGCACGCUGGGCAACCUGAAGACGCACCAGCGCAUCCACACGGGCGAGCGGCCGUACUCGUGCGCUCAGUGCGGCAAGAGCUUCGGCCAGGCCGGCAACCUCAAACGCCACCAGCUCAUCCACACGGGCCAGAAGCCCUACGUGUGCGCCCACUGCCCCAAAGGCUUCACCAAGGCCGACGACCUGCGCGCCCACCAGCGGUUGCACACGGGCGAGCGGCCCUUCGCCUGCCAGGUCUGCGCCAAGACCUUCGGCCAGGCCAAGGAGCUCAAGGCGCACCGGCUGAGCCACGCCGGCGAGCGGCCCUUCUGCUGCCCGCACUGCGGCAAGAGCUUCGGCAAGGAGGCGGCGUACCGCGACCACCUGCGGGCGCACGACGCCGACGGCGGCCCGGCCAAACCGUUCGCCUGUUCGCACUGCGCCAAGACAUUCGGCAACGCCGCCGUGCUCAAGACCCACGAGAAGAUCCACUCGGGCGAGCGGCCCUUCGGCUGCGCGCAGUGCGGCAAAAGCUUCGGGCGCCUCGGACACCUCAAGGCGCACCAGCACGUGCACACGGGCGAGCGGCCGCACACCUGCGCGCGCUGCGGCAAGACCUUCAGCCAGUCGGGCCACCUCAAGGCGCACCAGCAGAUCCACAAGCGGGAGCGCGCCGACACCGAGGGCCGCUAGACGAGCGGGCAGAAUGCCUGUUUUUUGUUGUUGUUUGUUUGUUUUUUUCGUUUUACGUAUAGCCGCCUCUUUGUUACCUUUCGGCGCCUUUCCCAUCGUUCUGUCGACGGCUCUUUUCGUGUGUGCGUCGGGGUGUCUGUGAAGGCCAUUAGAGCGCUUAUCCCUCAUCCUCGCUAUCCAGCACCGGGUCCGUGUCGUAGUACGUUCCUUGGGACGUACAUUGGGCGGGAGGGACCGAGCCCCGCCGCAAAUAGCCACAUUCAGCGAGUAAUCGGCGUCCCCCCAAAAGUUUGCAAUUGUCUGUUGACACCAAACCACAAAUGUCUUAAUCUGUGCUUCUCAGUGCUACUGAAAAAUGUGCUUUCACGAUGACCCCCAAAACGCAUUAGCAUCGGACAUCCAAGUGUUAAUCAAUAGGAGACAAAUGUUUUUAUUCCUCCCGAGUACAGCAGAACCUCGGGUUACGGAUUCAAUUUGUUCCGUGACAUGGUUCUUACACCAAAACGUUCACAAGCAGAGGUCAUGUUUCACAUUGAAAUGAGAGGAAAAGCAAUGAAUCCGUUCCAGCCGCAGAACUUCUUUGGAGCGUUGUGUGCUCAACAGGAAAUUCUGUUCAAUAUCGAACUUUGUACUAGUGGCACGAGUAGCAGGAAAAAACGGUACUAGUAAGACACAGUCGUUCUACUAGUGUGCUGACUCAUCAUCCCAGUGAGGACGAGGCGCGUACUAGUACACGGGCUUAAGCUGGAUAGCCGUGAUGUGGAACAAACGCUCAAGCCGCUACAAUCGUGCGUGUAGCGUGGUGCUAGCAAACAUUUGCUCGCGUCACGUCGUUACAUGCUAGUCUGUCUACUUUUCUAUAUUUAUACGCAUCUCUCUCUCUCUCUCUCUCUCAUAUAUGGACUUGUACAUGCAGUGGAGCGUUUGUGUGGAAAGAAUGUGGGAAAUUUCCAUUUCCAAUGGACAAGUUUCUUGAGAUUUCAACCUGUUUACACGGAUGGCGUCGGUCGUCAUGACGACGACAACAUUCCAACAGUUUCCUUUGACGUUUUGCUUCACAUUCCCGUGUGUGCGCGUGUGAGACAGCGCCCCCUGCUGGCUGAUUGGAGCUUUCUCCUUUGUGUCGCGAAGGCCUGAAUGAGGUUUGCUUUUGCUUUGGCUUUUGCUUUGGCUUUUGCUUUUGCUUUUUCUUUUUCUAUUUAGCCGACAAAGAUUACAGGUUAAUCAUCUCUUCUUCGUCUUCUGUUUUUAUCUAUGACACACGCAAGUUUUGUACCUGUCUUUUAUGGUCACAUGACUUAAUGGAAACAAAACCAUUUCUUGUACUGCCAAUCAAAUAUAAAAAGUAAACCUUG